AUGUCUUACAGCAGCUGUUCCAGGAACUUCUCCUCCCGUUCCCUCGGGUGCUCCCCGUGCUUCCCGACCUCCUUCGGGGGCUCCUGCGCCCCGAGCAACCUCGUCUACCGCACCGACUCCUGCGGCCCUUGCUCUGGGGGAGCCUAUGCCUUCGAUCCCUGCCAGGAGACCUGCUGCGAGCCCUCCAGCUUUCAGUCCAGCUGCUCCAUCCCCUGCCAGACCCCAUGCUUCCGCCCCAGGCUCUCCUGCUUCCAGAGCCCCUGCCAGGGCCCGUUGGUCGGCUCCCUGGGCUGCGGGUCCCUGGGCUUCGGGUUCGGCGGUUACCGCUCCCCGAGCUUCUGCCGCCCAAGCUGCUUUUCUACUAGGGUCUCCCGGACCACUUGCUUCCAGCCGAUUUGCAGGACCGGUUGCUACUGA